AUGACUACUAGCGGAACCUCUCCAUCCAGUAGCCGUCCUCCUCCCGACAUUGAAAGCGGUGUUGUUCCCAUCACUGAUCCCGAUGACGAUUUUGACGACCCUUUCGAUAUCACCACUACCAAGAAUGCCUCCACCGACUCCCUCAGACGCUGGAGGCAAGCUGCCCUUGUGCUUAAUGCUUCUCGCCGCUUCCGGUACACAUUGGACUUGAGAAAGAAUGAAGAUCAAGAAAAAAGGAGGAGGAUGAUCAGGUCACAUGCUCAAGUCAUAAGGGCUGCAUUGCUAUUCAAAUUGGCUGGCGAACGAGCAAUUGUGCUAGGGACCACAGUAUCUCCUCCAUCUCCAAGUGGUGGUUAUGGUAUUUCACUCGAGCAACUUAUUUCAAUGACCAGGGACCACAAUAUAUCUGCUUUUCAUCAAUAUGGCGGGGUCAAAGGAUUAUCUGAGAUGUUGAAAACCGAUCUGGAUAGGGGAGUACCUGGAGAUGAUUGUGAAUUAUCAGACCGGAGGAAUGCCUUUGGAUCCAACACAUAUCCUGUGAAAGAAGGACGAAGCUUCUUAAGGUUUCUUUGGGAAGCUUGGCAAGAUUUAACCCUUAUUAUAUUAAUAGUAGCUGCCGCAGCAUCACUGGUGCUAGGAAUAAAGACAGAGGGUCUUGAAGAAGGAUGGUAUGAUGGAGGAAGCAUAACAUUUGCUGUUCUUCUGGUUAUUUUUGUGACUGCAACCAGUGAUUAUAGACAGUCCCUGCAGUUUCAGAACCUAAAUGAGGAAAAGCGAAAUAUACGGAUAGAGAUAACUAGAGGUGGGAGAAGAGAGAAGGUUUCAAUAUAUGACGUUGUUGUUGGUGAUGUAAUACCUCUUAAAAUAGGUGAUCAGGUCCCUGCUGAUGGUCUCCUAAUUAAGGGUCACUCUCUAGCCAUUGAUGAAUCUAGCAUGACCGGGGAAAGCAAGAUUGUGCAUAAGGAUCAAAAAGCACCUUUUCUGAUGUCUGGCUGCAAGGUAGCAGAUGGCACUGGAACUAUGCUGGUCACUAGUGUGGGAAUAAACACCGAAUGGGGAUUGUUGAUGGCAAGCAUAUCGGAAGAUACUGGUGAAGAAACCCCCUUGCAGGUACGCUUGAAUGGUGUUGCAACAUUUAUAGGUAUAGUUGGGCUUGCGGUGGCAUUACUUGUGCUGGCUGUCCUUAUGGCUAGAUUCUUCACUGGUAACUCAAAAAAUCGUGAUGGAACUGUCCAAUUUGUCCGUGGACAGACCAGUGUUAGCGAAGCAGUUGAUGGGGUCAUAAAGAUUUUUACUGCUGCCGUCACCAUUGUAGUUGUUGCAGUUCCGGAAGGCCUUCCAUUAGCUGUAACACUGACGUUAGCAUACUCAAUGAAGAAGAUGAUGGCAGACAAGGCCCUGGUUCGUAGACUCUCAGCUUGUGAAACUAUGGGCUCUGCAACUACUAUCUGCAGCGAUAAAACUGGAACGUUAACCCUGAAUCAGAUGACUGUUGUUGAGGCUUAUGUUGGGCAAAAAAAAAUUGACCCCCCUGAAGAUGGCUUGCAAUAUCAUUCUACUGUUGCCUCCUUGUUAAACGAGGGAAUUGCACAGAACACUUCAGGCAGUGUUUUCUCUUCCAAGGAUGGUGCAUGUAUAGAGGUUUCUGGAUCUCCAACAGAAAAGGCUUUACUCCAAUGGGGUGUCAAGAUUGGGAUGAACUUUGAUGUUGUCAGAUCACAAUCUACCCUCCUACAUGUCUGUCCUUUUAACUCUUCCAAGAAGCGAGGGGGGGUUGCAUUACGAGGGGCUGACUCUCAAGUCCAUAUACAUUGGAAGGGAGCAGCUGAAAUAGUGUUAGCUUCAUGCAAAGAAUAUCUUGAUACAAAUGGUUCCUUGCAGCCCACUGAUAAGGAUAUGGAAUAUCUUAAGAAAGCUAUCGAGGAGAUGGCUGCAAGGAGCUUGCGGUGUGUUGCAAUUGCGUACAGAAACUUUGAAAUAGAUGAGAUUCCUGUAGAGGAAGAGCAAUUGGCAGAAUGGAAUUUACCUGAAGAUGACCUUAUUUUGCUUGCCAUUGUGGGUAUAAAGGAUCCUUGUCGUCCAGGUGUCAAAAAUGCAGUAAAAAUAUGUACAGAUGCUGGUGUGAAGGUUCGGAUGGUCACUGGGGAUAAUAUUCAAACAGCAAAAGCAAUUGCCAUCGAGUGUGGAAUUCUAUCUUCAGGUGAAGAUGCAACAGAGCCAAAUAUCAUCGAGGGAAAGACAUUUCGUGAGUACUCCGAGAAAGAAAGAGAACAUACUUCAAAGCAAAUAUCGGUGAUGGGAAGGUCUUCCCCAAGUGAUAAGCUAUUGCUCGUGCAAACACUUCGUAAGCUUGGGGAAGUUGUUGCUGUUACUGGAGAUGGUACAAAUGAUGCCCCUGCACUUCAUGAGGCUGAUAUAGGUCUUGCCAUGGGCAUUCAAGGAACUGAAGUUGCAAAAGAAAGUUCUGAUAUCAUCAUUUUGGAUGAUAAUUUUGCUUCAGUUGUAAAGGUUGUCCGCUGGGGUCGCUCUGUUUAUGCAAAUAUUCAGAAGUUUAUCCAGUUCCAGCUUACAGUUAACGUUGCAGCCCUUGUUAUAAAUGUUGUGGCAGCUGUUUCCUCUGGAGAUGUACCUCUAAACACUGUGCAGCUUCUUUGGGUUAAUCUCAUCAUGGACACCCUCGGAGCACUGGCAUUGGCAACUGAACCUCCAACAGAUCAUCUCAUGCACAGAUCUCCUGUUGGCCGAAGGGAGCCUCUUGUAACAAAUAUCAUGUGGAGGAACUUGAUUAUCCAGGCUCUAUACCAAGUUGCAGUUCUCCUUGUCUUGAACUUCCGUGGUACAGCUAUUCUCAACUUAAAGAAUGAUGAAAGGGGAAAUGCUGUGAAGAACACCUUGAUAUUCAAUGGAUUUGUCCUGUGUCAAAUAUUCAAUGAGUUCAAUGCUCGAAAACCAGAUCAAAUGAAUGUAUUUUCUGGAGUGACUAAAAACUAUCUUUUUAUGGGGAUAGUAGGAACGACCUUAAUUCUUCAGAUCAUCAUUAUUCAAUUCCUUGGGAAGUUCACAUCAACAGUUAGACUUGAUUGGAGUCUAUGGGUUGUCUCAAUUGUUAUUGGCAUUUUCAGCUGGCCUCUUGCCAUUGUUGGAAAGCUCAUCCCAGUUCCACAGACUCCCUUGGCCAGGGUCUUCAGCAAACCAUAUCAACGCUGCAUUGCUUCUCGUCAUCGUUGAAUUCGCUUAUAUUGUAUUCAUUUACAUGGAGCAAGUAGCCUUGUUCUUUUAAUUGCAAGAUCAGGUGUUUAUUAUAUUUAAUACUCGUGCCACC